AGUGGUUGGAAGGGAUCUUGUGCUGCAUCACACCUGCAUUUCCAUGAGUCGAUACCGCGUUCAGUCUUUCUGUUGCUAGCGCUUCUUGCAAGCGGUAACUGGGGCUUCCUGCACGUCUGCGGCGGCAUGUCAGAAUGCAUAUGCACCACCCUUUUCAGCAGCCAGGACCGAAAGUGGUAUCACAGCCUUUUCUCUGGCUUUUCUGCGUUGCACCAAGUUUCUCAGGGUCGGAAGAAGGAGGUUCCAGUCUCCUGGUCUCCUAGUGCUGCUGGACGUUUUGCCGCUGGCGAAUAUUGAUACUUUGGACAUUUAUUGCAGCUCUGAAAUCUUGAGCUUUCAAGGAUGGACCAUUUUUGAUGCAAAGUGACAGCUCCUUCAAGCAGUGACGACUCUGUAGUGGUGACUCUUGAUCACCAGCACUUUACACAAGUCUUCUACCGGAUGAUUGUAGGGUGGCAGACAGGAAAAUCUGCCAAGCAAUGCCUGUCUUCUAGAGCAGCCUUGUUUCCACAUACAGUGGCAAGACAAAUGCUGCGUCCACAACCAGAUUGAUGGGACCAAUCCGGAUUCAGAAGACACUUACCAAAGCUGAGCAGUUGCAUUGAGUGCUAGCAUUGGCACUAAAAUCGCCGACAGAAGCAGGCCAGAACCACCUCAGAAAUCAGGCCCUAGGCACGCAGAUAGAGUUGGCCACAAUGCUGAGCGCUAUGAAGCGCUCGCUGAGCGUGGAGUCCUUUGCUGAGCCCGAGGGCUCGGGGGGAUCUGGAUUCAGCAUCAGCAAGCGGUUGAGGACGGGGGUCCGGCGGCACGUGUUUGACAAGGACGCCCAGAUGCACACCAAGUACGUGAUGCAAGACAAGGUGGAGCGGCCGCAAUUUGUGAAGAAGAUCGCACUGAGUUACAUUGUGUCGGCGGCGCUGAUCGCGGUGCUCUGCCUGACGGGACAGAUCAUUGUCCAAGUGUAUGAGAGCCGGACGCACACGGAUGGACGCUACGUCAACACGGCAGGCAAGCAGCGUUACUUCUCCCAAGCAAUUGUGAAAGCCUCCCUCGCCAUGGAACGCGCCAAUGGCUCCGGAGAUCCCGCCAGCUCAGCGCACUUUCAGUCCCAGCUACAGUAUUCCUUACAACAGUGGUAUACCGCUCAGUACGGUCUCCAAUUCGGCGACGGUUCUCUCCAACUCUCCGGUUCGAAAGACAAGACCGUCCGGCGGUUAUUCGCACAAGUAGAACCCAAUUUUCAGAUGAUGUACGCAGCCGGCACGAAGAUCCUCCAAGACGUUUCCGGGACGUCGUUCGACGCACUCGGCGUCGUCCCGCCAGAGACUCCAAGCAAUGCGCUGGGGAUCAGUGCGAACGUAGACGUUUUGACGGCGAACGAGGAGACGUUUCUGCGGCUGAUGAACGAGAUCGUGGGGCGGUUUCAGGACCUGGGGGAGGAGCACGUGCGGACGUUGUUAAUCAUCACGUGGAUCUUUGCCGCCCUCAUCAUUUUGACGUUGAUCCUCGAGGGCGUGUUCCUGGUUCGCCCCGUGCUGAUGCGCAUGCACCUGCUGGUGUCGGAGCGCUUCGACCUGCUCCAUGCGAGCUUAGAAGCGGAGGCCGGUGCGCGGGGCGUGUCAAUUCUGAUGGUGGGCUACGUGAGCCACGAGAUGCGGGAGCCCCUGGGGAGCGUGAUGCGCAACCUCAAGUACUUGUUCGGCCAGUUGAAGCAGAUGGCAAUUAUCCACGGGAAGCCGGAGGGGGGGGCUUUGCACGAAGCGUGCAAGUCAGCGAUGGAAACGCUGCGGCAGAGCCUGAACAGCUGCCGGCUCCUCGCGACCGUGAUCGACGACAUUGCUGACAUGCGCAAACUAGAGGCGGGGAUGCUUACCCUGUACACCAAGCCUGUUGACAUCUCCGAGUGCAUGCGCCACGUGGCAGGCAUGAUGCAGCCGAAACUGGGGGUUACCCUGCGCAGCGAAAUGGACCCCUCGGUGGAGGGGAAGCGGUAUAACUUGGACCGGCACCGACUGGAGCAGCUGCUGGUAAACCUGAUCUCGAACGCGAUGAAGUUCACGCGCGAGGGCACGGUGGUCGUGCGCGUUCUCCCGUGGGACGACCGGGGCCUGCGCUUCGAGGUCAUCGACCACGGGAUCGGGAUGACGUCAGAAGCGAGCGCCAAGGUGUUCAUGCCCUUCAUCGAGACGCCGCACGACAAGGCCAAUUUCCAGGGGGGCACGGGGCUGGGGCUUUAUAUCUGCAAGCUUCUUGCAGACUUAAUGGGGGGCACAAUCGGCGUGACGAGCGAAGUCGGCCACGGCAGCACGUUCUGGUUCAACGUGCCGGCCAGCGUCCUCGUCGACCACGCGCUGUCGAGCGCGAACAGCAACCCGAGGGAUCCCCCCGUGAUCAACGGCUUCACGACGAGCGGUGCGCUGCCUGAGGGGCGGGAGGGCGAGAUCGACGAAGACGAGAAAGACGAGGACGAGAGGGAAUUGCCGCCGCUCAUGGAAUCUCAACAGGACGUCGAAACGACGGUCUCCGGCCCCGGCCACGUGCAUCACGGCGGCGUGUCGAUCACUUCCAUUCUGGGCAGUGCCUCAAAGCCCUUCGACGAGCUCGACCAUAUUUCCCCUCAUUCGCGCCGCGGGGGAUCCCUCAGGGCCGGGUCCAAGUUCUGGAGCCUCUCCGAAAGUUCGCCCCGCCGGGGGGGGUCGUACCAUGGGGGAAACUCGUAUCGGGGGGAGGGCUCGUACCGGGGAGGCGCGCGGCGGGGGAGUUCCGUGCACGGGGGGAGUGUUUAUCGUGGAGGAGGACCGGGUCAUUUGACUAUCGACAUUGAGGGGUUGUCGCAAAGGGGCUCGCGGGGGGCUCCGUCGCCACUCGGGAAUGGGGGAGGGCUCGUGCGUACGUCGUCGAAUACCAACACCCCCCUGCUUGCAACACAGGGGCCAACGUUUGUGUACCACGGCCGGCCGGUGGGACCCCCCCGGACGGAGGUGAAAUCGUUGGACGUUGAAACGGGGGAUGGGGGGACCCGGGGGGUGAGAGUAGGGCGGGAGUCGGCCAGGGGGGGCAAUCUGUUUUUGAAGCUGCAGGAGAAGAUGCAGGCAGGGGGCGGGGACGAGAAAGAGGCGCCCCGAGACGCUAGCGAUUCAGUUUGAACACGUGUUGGGUAAAACGUUAAACGGACGUUGGUACUGGUAAUAGACGGCGAGUCUGUAGCGGAGGUUCUGUGCGAGGGGCGAAAGUUCGUCGCUACAGUCACGCCGAAUGGUGCGGCGAGUUGCAUUUAUGAGUACUGAGCGCUGAGGUGAUGCUCGGUGUAGACUGGUUGCCAGCUGCAGGCCAGAUUGAGUUGAGAGUUUCGUUAAUAGGAUGACAGAUCCGGCGUGCUCAUGAAGCAAUAGCUAGUCAGUUGCUUAACCACCUAAUGAUUUUUGGUUCAACGGAGGCUGCCAAGCAAAGGUCCUGCUUAGGUGGUGAGAAACGAUUUUGUGUAGCUGGUAAGGUUACGCAUCGGGGGCUUUCCUGCAGGCGCACCAGGUGGCAAAGCUUUGUACUCGCGGUUUUCCUAGUGUUAUUUUCAAGAGACGCAUGGAAGAGCAUCUAUCUACCGCCAAAAGAUUAUUAGGCGGUUGUACCGUAUAUACCAAGUGGAGUAGCCAGAAGAGUCAGCUUAGUAGUCAGGGCAGCAGCAUCGCAGCGGUGCAAGGGCUGCGAGUUGGUAUGAAGUAGUCACAGUAGAUUCUCGAAGCUUUGGACGACUUAUUAUAGCUGCAUUCAAUGAUUGAGCAAUCCCGUUUACAAGCACAUUUGAUCAGCUUCGAUCAUUCAAUCAGCACGUUGUUUGGAAAAUCCUAGGAUG